AUGAGAAAACCUAAAAACAAAGAAAACUAGAAAGAAAACCAAUCUGAUCUCAUCACUCGCUCUGAACAACUAAUUAAGAAAUGGACAAUCAAGAGAAAAAAGAACCGAUCAGCAGAGAGGAGACUAUCAACAAGAUAAUGAAAUAUUUGGGAGAAGACGGUGUCGAUUCAAGAACUGUCCUCGUUGGUGAAGCUGGUAUAGGAAAGACGUGGCUUGCAAAAGAAGUCAGCAAACGUGUGACUCAAGAAACGUCUUCAUCUUACAUUGUCCUCUGGUUACAUCUCAACAAGAAGAUUGGAGACGAGAAGACACUUUACGAGAAUCUAGCUGCUCAGUUAUCCUUGUUUUUCGAGUACGAAGAAGGCGAAAAUCAAAACAAGGUUGAUUCAUUGGAGAACUUGAAGAAGAACAUAUCAAACGAGAUCAUCAAAACAAAGAAGAAGAAUCUUCUACUGAUUUUGGAUGAUGAAGCAAGUAUAACAACUGAAGAACAUGUAAUGGAUGUCCUAAAUCUCCGAAAGUAUCUCAAAGAUGCUGUGAAAGGCAUAACUCUAAAGAUUCUAGUCACAAGAAGAAGUGAGAUACAAGAGAAAGAGUCAGACAAAACGAAAGAGAAAGAGUCAGACAGAGCGAAAGAGAAAGAGUCAGGCAGAACGAUCAAAGUCGAUUCCCUCACAGAAGACGAGUCAGAGAAACUACUCAAAGACUCUCAAACCUUUCUGGAGUCGUAUACCGUUGAAGACUGGCCUGAUUUGCUGAAGCGCCUUUGCGAAAGCAAAGAGAUCAAAGAACCUACUCUGAUGUCUUGCAUCACACGUAAGAGCCAGGGCUUACCUGCUGCUAUUGUUGUGUUAAACAAGUCUUUAAACAGCAUCAAGACUCUGUCUGCAAAACAGAGGAAAAUAUUCAAAGAAGUGAUCUUAUCCCCCAAGUCACUAGACGCAGCAGCUGCUUCCAAGAACGCUGUAGAACGGAGCCUCUACAAUCCGGUCUUGCGUUUAAGCUACGAGCUGUUAAAGCUCGAUGAAAAGAUCGCAAAACCGGUCAUCGCUUGCUUUUGGCAUGUCCUGGACUUCUACAAGUACGCUGGAUGCGCUUACUACCGAGACCUGAUAGUCCACUGGAUGCUUGAAGGGUACUUUGAUCCGGUUAAGUCGGUUGAGAAAGCUUAUCAAGAAGGACACAACAUUCUGAUGGAGUUUAUGAACAGAGGAAUCUUGAAGAUGCAAGAAGACAACAUGGUGGUUCCUGAGGUUUCCAUGAGAAACCUUUUAGAUCUUGAAGAUUGUGGCUUCUUUGGAAGAUCUUGUCUUGGUUUCAACAGAGUUUACGGUGGAGACAAGGCAAAAGGUCUUGGAAGAAUCAUCGUAGUCGACGACAUGAUCAGAACAAUACAAUCUAAGAAGGAGAAGAUCACAACCCUCAUCGUUAGCGGAAACCGUCUACGCAGAGAGAUUCCUAACAAGUUCUUUGAAAGAAAAGAGAUGCAAGAUCAUCUUGAAGUUGUUGUCCUCUUUGAUCCAACGUUUCAAGAUCUUGUUAAGUCUCUAUCUAAACUAAAGAAUCUUCGAGUACUAGUGAUCAGAGACUGUGAUCUAAUCAAGAACAUUGAUGAGCUUAAGGUUCUUAAAAACCUACAUGUUCUUGAAGUCUCUGGUGCAAGUUAUCUAAAUGACAUCAGAGAUGAUUUCUUCGCUGACAUGACUCAGCUUCAGAGCCUUAACCUCUCCGGUCUUUCGAUCAAAUCUUCGCCUUCGACAAUCGAAAACUUAAGCAUGCUGCGUUGCUUCAUACUAAGAGACUGUCCCAACAUACAAGACCUGCCUAACUUCAAUGUGGCAACAAAGGAGCUAGAAGUCAUCGACAUCCACGGAGCUAGAGAUCUCAAAUCUUACUUUGACAGAGUUACAGAUUGGAAAUACUAUAAAGGCAAGAACAAGAACUUUGCUCAUCUCCGGAAGCUAGAACACAUGGACUUCUCAGGGACUCAAAUCAUCCGCUUACCAAUCUUUCAUCUCAAAGACUCGACAAACGAUUACAGCACCAUGCCUGAAUUGAAAAGGCUCUUGGUGAGAAACUGUACAGAGCUCAAGAGGCUGCCACAGCUUAAGCCCUUGACUAAACUCCAGGUUCUUGAUAUCUCUGGCUCUAAGAAGCUGGUGGAGAUGCUUGAAGUGUGCUUAGAGGAGAAGGAAGAGCUUAGAAUCCUUGACAUCUCAGGCACACCUCUUCCAGAGUUAGCAGACACCAUCAAUGACGUUGUUAAUCUCAAUCAGCUUCUUGUAAGAAACUGCUCCAAGAUGAAAUGGCUUCCCAACAUCGAGAAGCUAACAUGCCUUGAGGUUUUCGAUGUUUCGGGUUCCAAUCAGCUGGCGAAGAUCGACGGAACAUUUGGUAAGAUGGCUUACUUACACAAAGUGAAUCUUUCGGGUACGGAGCUAAGUGAGUUACCUAAAGAAAUGGCAGAGCUAGCUAACAUCAAAGAGCUCAUCAUAAAGAACUGCUCCAAGAUUGUGUCUCUUCCAAAUCUUGAGAAUAUGAUACAUCUCGAGAUCUUCGAUGUUUCGGGCUGCGUUGAGUUGGCGAAAAUCGAAGGAUCAUUCAAGAAUAUGUUUUACCUUUGCGAGGUGAAUCUCCGUAAGACUAAGCUCAAAACAUCUCCAGAGUUGCCAGAAAUGAGCAUCCUCAGUUCUUCGAAACGCAUUGUUUUCGCGGAUUCGAAGUUUUUAGAGAAAGACGAGUGGAAGAAGAUAAAAGAUUUGGUGGCAAAGGAUCCAGAGCGCUCUAGCUUCCCUAGUUUAGCAGACGAAACAAGCGAAGAAAGAGAGAAGCUUGCUCAUCACGGCGAGAGAUACAGAGUUCUUGAUCCUGAAGUUACUUCAGGUAUGCAGAUAGUUGACACUAACAGACCAGUGGAUGAUGAUAUAUCAAAAGCAGAGUACAUCUCUGUUUCAGAUAACGAAACAGAGACCGUAUCUUCAAUCCUAGACAAGUUUAAAAUAAGUUCGGUAAAAGGUUGUUGGGUGGAGAGGUGCAAGAAGAUGGAGAAUCUCUUCGUGUCAUCACCAGAAUCACUGGAGAUGCUUUGGAUCUCGAAUCUUCCAUUGUUCAAAACAUUAGGCAAUGAAGGAUUAGUGUUCAAGAACCUGAAGAAGCUAAGCAUAGAUUGCUGUCGAAACAUCGAAACGCUCUUCAAGGGAGCUUCUCAAGUUCCUGAGAACCUUGAGGUUCUGCGUGUGAAGUUUUGUGAUCAGCUGAAGAAACUGUUUGAUGAUGUAGAAGGAGUGGGAGAGUUACCGAAGCUUCGUGAGCUUUACCUUCUUGAUUUGCCUGUUUUGUCGUCGGAUGGAGUUAGGUUUCGGAGUCUUGAGAAGUACACAAAGAAGAAUUGUCCGGAAUUUAAAGCUGAACUUGAGGAGCUGAAGAUUGGAACUAAGAAAACAGAGGAUCAGCCUCACAAGGAUACUGCGCCUGAGAUUCAAACUCCUGCUGAGUCCGCAAAAACAACAGGCCAAGUUCAGCAACAAAAGCUCCCGUAAGUGACUCACAAGCUCUCCCAUCAUCAUCAUCAUCAUCUCUCUGUCGCUACUGGUUCCCACUGGUUUUUAAAGUUUUCACUAUAAAUAAAUGAAUAAAUCUUCAAAGGUCUUGAACUUUGAUGGAGCUUGUAAUACAAAUCUACUAGAAGUUGUUCACUUUGUUGUGUUAUGUAAUAUAGUACAAAUAAGAAAUGAAUAAAAAUGUUAUUUCUGUUAUACUUCUCUCAUGUUUUUGGUCUGCGAAUGUAGAAUAUAGA